GAUUUCCUGUGGGUAUUUAUUGCUGACGCGCCACAUCAGAGGGUUUUGGGGUACUGGGCUGUUUUCUGCAACAGAGCCUGCUCACGUCUGUGCACGACGCGAGGAACCGCUUUGGUGUGUGUAAAGGGAUCCAUCCACCAAGCUUUGUGGAUAUUUUCCUCGUCUGAAAUUCCACCCCAAGAUGGGUCUCCAACUUUGGAUAUCGGUUCUGAUCGUCUUCGUGGGGAUUUCAUCCACCCUGGCCAAGCCUAGGACACUAUUUGCAGAAGAUGCAGAGGCGCGGCAGGACAUAGGGGAAACUUUUUUGAAGAGGGAGCGUCGCCAGUCCGAUGGAUCGCUAACGACCCAGAGACAGGCCAAGUAUUUGAUCUCGAUCCUGGAACAACUGAUGGCUGAUCUGAGCCUUAGCGCAUGUGAGGGCGACAUCAACAAGGGAAUCCAAUGCGAGGAGGAAGCUCACUGCGUACCCUGGGCUGGUAUAUGUGACGGGGAGCAGGUAUGCGGCAUGGAAACUAAGGCCGGUUGCCUCAACCAAUCCUUGAACACCUACGGAGUGCCACAGGAGAGGCUGUGCAACGGAGACGAGAACAAAGACUGGUGCAUACUACCUGAUUAUGUACCGCAGAUGUGUGGUUCGACCCUUGAGGUGCCGAAGGGUGGCAAGACCACCGCCUACUCCCCUUACUACCCCACCUCCUACCCCAGCGACAUCUCCUGUCAGUGGGCAGUCAAAGCCCCGGAGGGCACUCGACUCAGCGUCAACGUCAAGUUCUUCAAUACGGAAGAGAACUACGAUUUCAUCAACCUCGGUCCCGGACUGAAAGAGCAGGAUGAAGGUGGUUCUUAUUACAUAUUCAAGCACAGUGGAAUGAAGUUGCCCCCUGUGCCUGCCUUCAGGACCCCUGACAAUGAGUUGUUCCUGACGUUCCAGACCGAUAUGUGGGUGACACACAAGGGGUUCGAGAUUGAAUUUGCUGAUGUCGACGAGUUCGAUCCUGGUGUAGAUAUCGACAACGUGUUGGAAGACAGCGAGUACAACGCAACCUGUGGAGAAUCGAUCAAAAUCAAGAGCGACGACGAAGCAACGAUAACCUCUCCAGCUUACCCCCUUAACUACCCCAACAAGUUCCAGUGUGACUGGACCUUCUCCAUCGAUGCUGGGGAGAGAAUCGGAAUCUCCUUCGAGACGCUGGAUCUCGAGCCCGGGGCGGAUGUCCUCCAGAUCGGCAAGGGGGGCAACCCUGGUACAGGUAUGGUCGCGGAGCUCUCGGGAAACAAGAGACCGACGGAGUCUAUGCUGGUGGAGUCCAGUAAAAUGUGGAUGAGACUCAAGACUGAUGCUAGCAUCACGAGACUGGGGUUCAAGGCAACAGUCAGAGAGCAACCGUACAACGACUGCGGUGGUAACGUUCAGAUCAGCCGCGACGGCUCAGCCGUCGUAGCCUCGCCGCAGUUCCCUGACGUCGGCUACCAUCUCAACCACAACUGCCUGUGGAAGAUCACCGGUGACACCGAGCGGGGCCUGACCGCCAUCUUCAAGGACUUCAGCACCGAGAAGCAAUGGGACACGGUCUCGAUGGGAUUCGGACCCGAGCCCGCUCGAGAUGGUUCUAACUACGUGAUCGAGAACUGGAGCGGGAAUAAGCUGCCUACCCCGGAUGAGUUCACGACCGAGGAGAACGAGAUGUGGAUUCACUUCAAGACUGACGGUACCGUCAUCGACCGGGGGUGGAAGGUACAGAUCUUCGACAGCAAUAUCCAGUCUUCUAAUACAACUGUCGAGAAGAAGGACAUCAUUAAACCAGAUAGAGACUGUGGUGGCACUCUUCGCUUCGACCCCAGCAUGGGUAAGGCAGUCCUCACCUCGCCAGAUUUCCCUUACAAAUAUCGCCCGAUCCUCGACUGUUUGUGGUUCGUCGACAUCCCUUACAACGGCGACGUGACCAUCCGAUUCGACCAGUUCAACACCGAGAAGCACCGGGACAUCUUGACCGUCGGCACGGGCACCAACCCCGACGACGAGUCGUCCGUCCUGCUGGACUCGUUCAGCGGUACCAAAAGACCCGAAGAGAUCAACACGGACAAUAAGAAGUUGUGGGUCAAGUUCUUGACCGAUUUCCAGACGGAGUACAACGGCUGGAAGAUGGAGAUUGUCGCAGUCCCAACUCAAGAAUGUGGCGGUUACAUCGAGGUACCCAGCAACGCAUCUAUAUCUAUAGCUUCACCAGGCUACCCCGAUAAAUACCUGGGCAAUCAGAACUGUAUCUUCACCUUGAUUGGGCCCAACAACCGCCGUCUGCGAAUCAGCGUUGCUGACUUUGAGUCCGAAAACUGGGGUGGAGUUCUCAGCAUUGGGGAGGGAUGCAGAAAGAAAGACCACGGUAGCGUGGUGAUUGUUGACCGCCACAGCGGGUUCGGACCACCCCUCCACUCCGCUUUCAUCCCCAGGACCAAUGUGGCUUGGGUUAAGUGGAACACCGACUACGAAAGGCCGUACAAGGGAUGGAAGAUGAUCAUCAGUGAUACAGGCUUAGUGGGAGACCAACCAACAGACGAGGCUGGAGAACCCAUCCCCUGCAACCCACCAGGCCCGACCACCCAGGCCACCACUCCGCAACAACCCACGCAAGGCCCGACCGAGGCCAGCGGUAGCGGCUACCCGGAUUGGUACGACGAGUAUCAUGGUGGCCCGGGGGAAGAGCCCAACCUAACGGAGGUUGAAGAUCAUACGCCUAUGAAAGAUGAAUACUCCAUUUAAGAUGGUGUAUGUGCCAAGAUCGAAAGAGCUGUUUGCCAGGAUACAACAUACGACCACCGUUUUGGGACGAGGUUGAGCCACCAAACACUCCUUCUCGGCAUGUAGCAAACAUCUUUGUUUUUCAGAGCAACAAGCAUUACAUUCAUUUCGGUUUUUCCAGACGAUUUUUUUUUCAAGCCAGCAUCAUGUCUGUGACAAAUAAACACAAGGUUAAAAAAGGGUUUUUUUUUUGCAUUUGUGAAAUUGGGGGUUGAUACGAGAUUUUGCCUAGCCCCAAUAUUACCAACUCAUAAAGUCAGUGCAUUCAACUUAAGAGUAAUGGACAGUCUAAACGUAAAAGUCAAUGUUGAGUCAGAACUUGUAUACCAGUACACGGUUGUCAUUACAUGCGGUUUUCGAAAAUUCUGGACAUUCACUUUCAUGAUAAACAUCUCACAUUAUUUUAUGUUCCCAAUAAAAUUGGUAGAAGUUAAACAAAUUAAAACAACUCGAAGAGAAAUUGAACAAACAAUAUUAGCUGCGAUUGUUUGAGAAACAAAGAUAAAAAUCUGAGGUAAAUGUUAAGUCUGUUUACUUCAAUUAAUGUACUUAGCAAUUCUUGCCAAUAAAUGAAUUCUUUUUAAAUGCCUUUUUUUUUUAAUUUCUCUUUUCUAUAAAAAGAAAAUCUUGAAGUUGCCUGUUCUCCUUUAAGAAUAAUUAUUUUGGCUGCGGUUUUGUUUUUUAUCAUUCUUGUUAUUAUUUGUAUUUCAAAUUAUGUUUACCUACCAAUUACGUCCCCCAUGAGCCUAGAUUUAGUUAAUUUCGUAGACGCUAGUGUGUCCCCUUUUUGAAAUUUCAGUUUUUAGCGAACGACAAUAAUUACAACUUUAAGCUAGUUUUAGAGGGCAAGUUAUACACAAUAAUUAUUACGGUUUAAUCAGUAUUGUUUCAUUGUACCUUUAUUCCAAAGCACGCCCUUUUGCGUGUAACGUUCGUCUUAAAGCAUCUAUGCAUGAAACAUUCUAUAAAUAUGCUUUUUAUUUUUUAAUUGAACUGCCUUAAAAUAACAGUACUUUGUACAACUAUUACAAAAGUUAAGCCUUCCGUUUCUAAACACAUGUUAUACCUUUGAAAAAGUUCCUUUACUGUAAACAAUAACAACAGAUUAAAUUCUAGAGAAAAUGUAUUAAGCUUUGAGUCAGUUAUUAAAUAAAAUAAAGUAUUUACAACAACACAAAA